AUGGUGAAAAUUUUUCCAUUUUGCAUUCUAACUUUAUGGUUGUGGAGAGCAGCUGCUGCACGUAAUGCUACAAGUAUUGGACAGCGCAUUGUGGGUGGUGAGGUAACCACCAUUUCUGAGGAGCCUUAUAUGGUACAAAUCUUGAAUCAGGGUACCUUCUCAUGUGGCGGAUGCAUGAUAAGACAGCGCUAUGUGCUUUCUGCAGCCCAUUGCUUUGGUGGAACGAGGCCAGCUGAUAUAACUGUUGUCGCAGGUGCCACGAGACUUGCUGAAACUGGCAUUAGAAGGAAGGUUAGCGAUAUAUUCAUACCACCAAGAUGGAAUCCAAAUACCAUGUACAUGGAUAUUGCUGUACUCAAGCUGGCUUUUCCCAUUACUGCUGAUAGAGUGCAAACAAUCGGUUUAUAUAGCGGCAAUUUGAAUCCCGGCAUGAUGGUUAAAGUGAAUGGUUGGGGUCGCAUCAGUGAAGGUGGCAGAAUAUCCCAACAAAUACGUUCCGUACAAGUUCCAGUUAUCGAUCAGGACCGGUGUCGAAAGCAAUACGAAGACGUAAUUUAUAUUGGAAAAACUAUGUUCUGUGCUGGUGUGCUUGGCUCCAAGGAUUCAUGCUCAGGCGAUUCUGGUGGUCCCGUUGUAUUCCAAAACUCGGUAUGUGGUGUAGUCUCCUUUGGUGUUGGCUGCGCCAGAGAUAAUUUUGCUGGUGUUUAUACACGAAUAUCUGAAGCAAUAGAUUUUAUAAGAAAUGCCUUGACAAAAUGAAAAAAUUUGAAAAUUCAAUAAAAUAUUA